UGACGCAGGCAGGGUUUGAGCGGUUCCUCUAGUUACCGGGAGGUCGCCAUGUCCCAGCAGGGGGCCGCGCUGCAGAGUUACAACAACGAGCUGGUCAAAUGUAUCGAGGAUCUGUGUACAAAGCGAGAAGAGCUGAACCAACAAAUCCUACAAGAAGAGGAAGAGAAGAACAAGUUGCAGAAUGAUAUUCGCAUUUUGACAGAGAAACUUGCGAAGGUCAAUGAGAGUCUGGCACGUAAAAUGGCAACCCGAAAUGAAUUUGAUAGAACUAUUGCAGAGACUGAAGCUGCUUAUAUGAAGAUCCUCGAAAGUUCACAGACACUGCUCACUAUUCUGAAGCGGGAAGCAGGGACCCUGAAUCAAGUCCAUGAGAGCGCUGACACCAAGGAUUCUUGACGCUGUAAAUCAAUCAGCUUCAGGGAGCAGUAAUCACCAAGAGAUGGAAUCUGAGAUUGUAUCAGUGAGAAAAACAGAAAAUAACUAAUGCUGGAUCAUUUUAUAAACAAUUUCAGAUUCUAGCAGCAUUGAAUACUAAACUUGAAUUUAUUUAUUUUGUAAUAAAAUUUCUAGAUACGAAAAA